AUGAAAACCAGCCCAUCGCACUGCGCCGCACCCACGCCCCGGCAGCGCGUGGUCCGGGAGGCCCCGCCAGCGAGACAGCCAGCCCGGGCGAGGGAGGAGGAGGGCGCCGCGUGCAGCCCGCCCCCGCCCCGGCCCCGGCGGCUCGCACCUUCCUCAGCGCCGACAUCCUCGAGCGCUCUGAGUUCAGCAGGCGAAGGGCGACAUGCUUUGUGGCCCGUCCGUCCAUCCGCACCGCCAGCCGACAAUCCGCGGGCCGCCGCCGCCGCCGCCACCGCCACGCUCCCACCCGCUCCAGCCCACCUCGGAGCCCCCGCCGGCGCCUGCGCACUGGGCGCCCCGGAGGCCUGGCGCGCUGGGGGCCAGCCGGCGCGCGGAGGCACCUGGGAAGGGCCAGGCAAGCGCGGGGAGCCCAGGCAGCGCCGAGCAGCGUCCGGGAUCCUUCCGCCCCACCGCUCCCCCGCCCCUGCCGGCGCAGGCCCCGCCCCGGAUGCCACCUGUGGCGCGGGUCCCUGGCGCUGGGGCGGCGGUAGCCUGCAGCAAGUGCAGCUCGCCCGCAGCCCCACGGUCCCAGCGCGCCUGCGCGGCCGGUGCCAGGGCGACAGGAAGGUAGCGCGCGUCCCCCAGGGGCGGUGCCCCCAUCCGGAGGACAGACCGGCACUUGCUGCCUCGGGCGACGUGGACGGAGGCUCUCGAGCUGUCCAGGGACCGUCUGUCCGCCGCUGGCGCUGCCCUAAACACGAGCCGCUUCCGCCUGGGCCCCUGGGCCCUCGCCGCUGCCCGCGGGAGCCGGACGCCGCCCCCUCCUCAGGCCCCGCAGCUCCUCAGCCCGCCCGUCUGCCCGGAACAGUCCCGCCGCACCCACGCCCGGGAGUGCAGGGUCCGGGAAGCACCGCCGGCGAGGCACCAGGCGCCGCAGGGACAGGCCGCCGCGCAGCCACGCCGGUCACCCUGCAGCUCCGGGUCCCUGCCCGCGCCCCGCCCGCGGCCCGUACCUUCCUCAGCGCAGACAUCCUCGGCGCUCGGAGUUCAGCAGGCGCAGGGCGACAGGGCACACCCCGUCCAUCCGCAGGGCUGGCCGUCAGUCCGGGGGACCGCGCUCGACGCAGUGCACGCUGGGAGCCCCCCCCGGCGCCUGCGCACUGGUCGACCGGGAGGCCCCGCACGCUGGGGGCCGGCCUGAGUGCGGAGGCACCUGGGAGGGGCCACACCCGCACCGGGGAGCCCAGGCAGCACCGCGCCCUGCCGUCCGGGGGUCCUUCCGCCCCACCGCUCCCCCGCCGCCGCCGCCGCCGCCACGCGCCCACCGCGCUCCAGCCCGGCACGCUCGGAGCCCGCCGCCGGCGCCUGCGCACUGGGCGCCCCGGAGCCUGGCCGCUGGGGCCGGCCGGCGCGCGGAGGCACCUGGGGAAGGGCCAGGCAGUGCGGGGAGCCCAGGCAGCGCCGCGCCCCGUCGUCCGGGGUCCUUCCGCCCCACCGCUCCCCCGCCCCUGCCGGCGCGCAGGCCCCGCCCCGGAUGCCACCUGUGGCGCGGGUCCCCUGGCGCUGGAGGCGGCGGUAGCCUGCAGCAAGUGCAGCUCGCCCGCAGCCCCACGGUCCCAGCGCGCCUGCGCGGCCGGUGCCAGGGCGACACGAAGGGACCGUCUGUCCGCCGCUCGCGCUGCCCUAAACACGAGCCGCUUCCGCCUGGGCCCCUGGGCCCUCGCCGCUGCCGCGCGGGAGCCGGACGCCGCCCCCUCCUCAGGCACCGCAGCUCCUGCAACCCGCCCGUCUGCCCGGCACAGCCCGCGCGGCACCCACGCCGCGGGAGUGCAGGGUCCGGAAGCACCGCCGCGAGGCACCCAGGCGCCGCGAGGGACGAGGCCGCCGCGCAGCCCGCACCGUCGCCCGGCAGCUCGGGUCCCCUGCCUUCGCCGCGCCGCGGCCCCCGCGGCUCGCACCUUCCUCAGCGCGCUGACAUCCUCGGGCGCUCGCGGUUCAGCAGGCGCAGGGCGACAUGCUUUGUGGCCCGUCUGUCCGCAGGGUCGGCUGGCCGUCAGUCCGGGGGACCGCGCUCGAGCCCAGUGCACGCUGGGAGCCCCUCGCUGGCGCUGCGCACUGGGGCCUCACGGG